AUGGAGGCACUUGUUGAGCAGAAAAUCAGUGGGGCAUUCAUUGCACGGGCAAAUUUCUGUGCAUGGCGCGUAAUCUCCUCCUGUUCUGCGUCGCUAAGAUCAACAAACAAAUCGUACUUGGUUCCAACAAGGAACGGAAUCGCUGUCCUAUUGAAUCCUCUAGUUUGUCUGUACCAGUCCUUAAUCGAGCUGAGGGUCGAUUUGCGCGACAAAUCAAACAUAAACAGCACGGCAACCGCGUCACUGGCCACUAGCGGCAACAUGUUGGUGAACUCUGCCUCUCCUCCCAAAUCCCAAAUCGAAAAGGUGAUCUCUGUAGACUUGAUGUUUAUCGAUCUUUCCAUGUAA